AUGACCGAGUUCGCCGGCGAGCACCAUACCCGCGGCCGCACGCCGCUGCACUCUGAAGUGGCCGCGCCGUCGUCGUCGGGGAACACCACACCCGCUGCAGCCACCGGUGGACCUUCUCCUGUCAACAACCAUGACGUCUAUGUCCGCACGCUGCUGCAACAGGCUUCCUCAGUGGUCACGACAUCGCCGUCACGGAUAGAGACGGCGGCGGGCGGCCUACGGGCGGCGACUGGCGGUGGCUGGCGGGAUCUGGCGAUGUCGGGGCAGGGCUGGGUGAGGUCGGAGACGACGGACGGUGGCUAUGGGCUGGAGCGCCGCCAUCUUUAG